CCCCGCUGCCGGUUGCUGCAGAUGUAGAAAGAGCAUUAGAGCCUAUUACUGCAUUGUAAGGGUGCAUGCUUUACACCAUCAGGAUGUCCAGUGGAGCUAGCAACCUAGGACUGCACCAAUGGGCUGCCUGAGGAUGUGUCGCCCCUCAACUUGGCCAUCAUCUCAGGGGUGCUGGGAACCCGCCUCACCGUCCCUGUGUCACCCUGCUGGGCUCCAGACCUGACACCUCUGUGCCCUCCCCCGGUGGGAUGGCGCAGGCAGGGGGACCCGUUCGUUUCCACCCUGAGGAGGGCUGCGCCGCAUCGCCCCCACCGUUCGCCCGCGGGGUGGACCGGAGGCCCUGGCUGGUGGAGGGGAGCCCCGAGGUCGGGAGGCACAGCCCCCCGUGCUGCCUCACCCCCAAUCUCAAUGCAGGCCGCCUCCACCUCCUGCGCAGGGGCCUGGCCCCCGAUGUCCGCCACUGCCCCCUUGGCCUCUACAACAGCACUGGUUCCUUGGCCCGCAAGCCAGCAGAGGCAGCUCACUUCGGCAACGGGAGCUGCCUGGGCACGGGACGCCUGACAGCGCCCUGCACCCCACAGCGGGGCCGGCCCAGCCCGGCGCUCUCCUCCCUGGGCAGCCGCAGCCCGCUGGUGGCAGCGGCCUCGGAGGGACACAGCUCUAUCGUCACCUUCCGCUUCAUUGAGAAGGCCAGCGUGCAGACCCUGGGCUGCCUGCCGCCCCCCCAGCCCCACUGGGAGAAUGGCCCCCGCAGCCUCAGCUGCAGCCUGGAGCUCGGCGGGGACGCAGGGUCCCCCCAGCCCCUGCCCCUGCUGCAGGAGCGGCUCCUGCGCACGCUGAAGCUGGAGGCCUCCACAUCCGACCCACUCCUGGCUGAGGGCAGGACCCCAGGGGGAACACGUCCCAGUGGGAAGGAGCCCUGUCCCCUCAACACCGACUGCCUCUGCUGCUCCCUUGCCAAUGGGCUGCCAGAGGACUUCUCUGCCUUCGCCAGGAGCCCCCUGAAGCCAGAGUCCCGACCCCAGGGCAGUGCCUGGCCGUACCCCCGGCAGAGUUCAGCCCAUGCCCAGCGCAUCGCCAGGGCCAAGUGGGAAUUCUUCUACGGCUCCUCAGAUGGCCCAAAACCAGGUUCCUCUGCCCCUGACUCCGCUCCCCUAGCUGAGCCCCUCCAGAAGCCUGUCUGCCCACUGCCUACUGAGCCACCGGACCUGGUGCCCGAGCACAGCCUGAGCCAUGUGGAGGUGGAGAUAGAGAUGUCGCCUCUGGGUGGCCAGAAACCUGGCUCCUGCGAGACUGGGAUUAUAAAGAGGACGGUGAAGUAUUCUGAGACAGACCUGGACACUGUGCCGCUAAGGUGCUAUCGUGAAACCAACAUCGAUGAUAUCCUGGCCGAGAAGGAGGAGGUGGAUUCAGCAAUUGAGAGCCAGAAGGACAGUGAGAGUAACCCAAGCUUUGGGGGCACACCAGGCAGGAGGAACAGUACGCCAGAUGAGCUCCCUGUCCCAGGCGCUGGCUGCCUGAAGGAUGGACUGCAGGACGAGGACAUGGAUGAAGAUGAUGAGGUGUUUGAGGCAACAAGGAAGGAGAACAGGGAAAGGAUCAUGGACAAAGACACACAGGGUAUGCUCAAGUCUCCAGUGCCCUUCCUCCUAGGGCACAGCCUCUCCAAGGAUGGCAUGGACUCUUUCAGCAAGCAUUUUGAAAGCAUCAUGGAGUCCCAUCGAGCCAAAGGCACAUCUUACACCAGCCUGGACUCCAUUGACAUCCUCUCCUCCCCAGCCCACACCCAUGAGACGUUUUUCACUUUUGAUCUCCCAACCCUCACCCCAGAAAUACAGGGACAGAUCCGAGACAGUGCCAAGCUGAUCAAGGAGAACUUUGCUCCUCUGGCUCACUUGGAGCUGGACUCUGGGACCAGUUCAGCCACAGAUGCCCCCUGGACGGAGAGGGAGGAGCGGGGGAGACGAAGGAAGGGUGCUCAGCACAGCCCUUGUCACUCAGAGGACAGCUUUGGUACUCCCUUGGCCUCCAACAUGAGCGACCACCCCCUGAGCCAGCUGGUUUCGGACUCAGACUCGGAGAUGGACAGUGUGGAGCAGCUGGCCCUGGGCAGUACAGACACUCUCUCCAAUGGACACAAGGCUGACCUGGAGGCUGCUAAACGCCUGGCCAAGAGGCUCUACAACCUGGAUGGCUUUAAAAAAGCAGAUGUGGCCCGCCACUUGGGGAAGAAGUACGUCAACGAGUUCAGCAGGAUGGUGGCAGGGGAAUAUCUGAAGUUCUUUGUGUUCACGGGGAUGAGCUUGGACCAGGCUCUCAGAUCCUUUCUAAAGGAGCUGGCCUUGAUGGGAGAGACUCAAGAACGAGAGCGAGUGCUGGCUCAUUUUUCCCAGCGCUAUUACGAGUGUAAUCCCAACGCCAUCUCUUCAGAGGACGGAGCCCACACCCUCACCUGUGCCCUGAUGUUACUAAACACGGAUCUGCAUGGACACAACAUUGGGAAGAGAAUGUCCUGCUCCGACUUCAUUGGCAACUUGGAGGGACUCAAUGGAGGCACUGAUUUCCCCAAGGAGCUGCUCAAGGCACUGUAUGGCUCCAUCAAGAAUGAGAAGCUGCAGUGGGCCAUAGCAUCGCCCUGCCACAGACACCGCAUCAGCCAUGAUGCUGCAGGGCAGCUUGGUGCUGGGGCUUAUGUCUGGGCUGCUCUCUCCUCCCUGGCAGCACCCCGAGGGAAGCGCGGCUGGAAGCCCUUCCACGCCAUUCUGAAGGGGAUGAUUCUGUACCUGCAGAAGGAGGAGUAUAAGCCAGGGAAGGCACUGGCAGAAGAGGAGCUGAAGAACGCUAUUAGCAUCCAUCAUUCGCUUGCCACACGGGCAUCUGACUACAGCAAGCGACCCAACGUCUUCUACCUCAGGACAGCUGACUGGAGGGUCUUCCUCUUCCAAGCACAGAACCCUGAACAGAUGCACUCGUGGAUCACACGCAUCAAUGUGGUGGCAGCCAUGUUCUCUGCGCCCCCCUUCCCCGCAGCCAUCGGCUCCCAGAAGAAGUUCAGCCGCCCACUGCUGCCCAGCUCCUGCACCAGGCUGUCCCAGGAAGAGCAGGUGAAGAGUCAUGAGACCAAGUUCAAGACAAUGUCAGCAGAGCUGCUGGAGCAUCGCUCCUCGCUGCCUGAGAAAAAGGUGAAGGGCAAGGAGUAUGAGGAGCUGAAGCAGAAAGAAGAGUACCUGGAGUUUGAGAAAUCCCGCUAUGGCACCUAUGCCAUGCUGCUGCGGGCCAAGCUGAAGGCUGGCUCUGAGGACCUGGCAGCCUUCGAGUCUACCCUCUUUGACGCAGCGAGUGGGGAGGAUGAUGGCCUGAAAAAAUCCCACUCCAGCUCCUCACUCAAUGCAGAGCCCUCCGGCACAGCCACCAAGGUGAAGCGCAACGUCUCUGAACGCACCGGCCGCCAGCCCCUUGGCCACCCCCAGAAGUCGUAAGCGAGGGGCAUCAGCCACCCAUGCUGCAGCUCUGUUCCUGCCCACCCUGCUGCCGGGGUGGAGGCCACAUGCUCACUGAGACCCUGCAUGAGUCUGUCUGUCUGCGGCACAAGAUGGGGGUGUGACAGCCCUUCCCCGGCUGCCAGCACCAGCCAUGCAGGGCCAUGGCCUCUCCACCAGAGAAGGUGGCGGAGCAGGACAGUCCCUGGUCCUUGCCCAUGGGAGCUGCCCACACCGUCGGCCCCAUCAGACUCAUUCCUGCCCCUCUGUCCUGUGCUUGGCUGCAGGACCCCUUCCCCAGCCCUGGGGAGGGGGAUAAUUGAAACCCACCCACUGGGCUCAAUUCUUCAGUGGUUAAAAAA